AUGGCUUUUCCGGGGCCCAGUCGUGCCGCUGCCUGGACGCUUUCGCUUCCUACGUCUAGUAAGCCCGCUGAGUCUGCCAUCCUUCCAGACGAUGGAAGCAAGGGAAGCUCAGAGUCCAUUAUCGGCGAAGACUUGCGCCAACUGGUUGACUCCCGUGAUAUCCAAGAAGGGGGAAAAUAUCGCUCCAUUGUGAAGAUUCAGUCCCGAUUCCAAGACCGAGGGCGUCAAACUUGGAUGAUGGGAAGCGGAUGGCUUAUUCGUCCAGACCUCCUCGUUACCGCCGGUCAUGUUGUCCACGACUGGGGACGCAAGCUUGGCCCAGCUGAUCAGAUCAAGUGCUACAUUGGUUAUAAUGGCAAACAAUCUGUCGGGUCACCUCAGGUUCAGGCGCGAUACGGCGCCAAAGUUGUGACCCCUGUUGAAUGGAUUGAGGGUUCGAGCAACCGUACGAAGGACGUUGCUUUUAUUCAGCUUGAUCGACCUUUCACGGGCAACUUGCGCAUCUUUAGCUACGUGAAGACCCCAGAGGCGGGCGAUGGCACAUACCUUGGUGUCGUCGGAUAUCCAGGCGAUCAAACCUUGGAGGAUGAACAAGGAGCUCAGAUGUACGAGGAGUUUGCCAGGAGCGACUAUAACAUUGGAGAGAGUCCUCACCAUAUGGUCGAGUAUUCUAUCUCAACUUUCGCAGGACAAUCUGGCGCCCCAGUCUUACGCAACUCUAAUGGGCGACUCCAUGCAAUUGGAACUCAUAGCUAUGGUGGCGGUGGCUUUGACAGUAACUCAGGCACUACGAUUGGAAACCCUCAUGGUAACAAUUAUGACGAUUUGAUCAGUUUGUUUGACAAGAGGACGAUUUUCGGCGAUAUUGGCAGGGUCCAAGUAGUUCAAACUCAAGACCGAACAACAAGCAUGAAUGAGCCUUACGGUCUCAGCAAAGGCUACCCCGGCAGAGCGUUUGAAACCCCAAGAUUCGACGAAGAAAGCUUCUUCGACACCCUGAAAAGUGUAGCCCAUGUGGGAAGAGAUGCCUUCCCCGUUGCUUCUCCUUUCCUCGGUUCCAUCGGUGGUCAUCUUAGUGCAGUAGCCGGAACUCUGCUUGGGUCACUCACAGAGAGCGCGCUUUCUCAGAGCACUGAUAUCGUAGCACAUGGUCCCGCUGAACGUGCGGUACUCGCUGAAGCUGCUUUGCAGGCAGUGCUUGCUUCUGAGCACGACGAGUAUGUGACAGAGGUGAUCAACAAGAUGGGACAAUUUUGGAAAGCUGGUGCACCAAAGGCUGACACUCUCGCUCCUGCUAUCACUCCUAUCUUAGCUCAAUGCAGCGUGGAACUUUCAAACCAAGUUGCUCCAGAGACCGAAGACUCCAAGGGACCAUAUUUCCGUGAUCGUCGUCGCCUGGAGGUCGACAUCACAGAGAGUGCUGCGAUGAACGGAGGAGCUGCCUUUAUUCAAGGUAUACUGGGUCCAACUCGACAACUUGAGGGAGGAAGAGACGUUGCCCAAUGGCUUGGCCCCGUGCUCAUUACUGCGGCCUCUGAGUCCAAGCCUCUUACGUCCAAGCCCGCCUCUGCGGCGCUCUCAGGCCUGGGGAGACUUGACCGGGAGGAGCUCUCCAUUGAGUCAUCUACCUCUAGCGCAAACGAGGAUGCAACCAGGAUCUUGAUCAAGCGUGCUGUCUUAGCAGAUGCGGCUCUUCAAGCCGUAAUGUCCCUCCCCCGCGAAAGGCUAGACCGGUUCAGGCCUGUCGACGGAGAUGGCGACGUCACAGGCAUUUUCGAUUUCAUGAAGGAUGUAGUUCAAAAACUUGGACCAAUUGCACUCGAUGUUGCGAAGCGGACAGCCAUCAAGUUUGGUCCUCGUCUCAUCAGCGCUGCCAGUUGGAAAAGCCCGGGCCCUGACACUCAAGUCCCCCCUCCCCCUCAGCGUAUGAAGAAGCCGUCGAUGAUGGAUUAUCUCAACCGUUAUUAGGUUGCCACCACAGGGCGACCCGUUUUGAAUAAAGUUUGUGCCGCUGCGCAUG